AGUCCAUUCUCUCUGCCACUGUCUUCAUUUCCCUGGGUGUGGUUACUACACUGACUUUACUGUUCCGUUAGAGUUGGGCAAUCACACAGCGGCUAAACGGACAACCAGACACCCGGCUCACCGACAGCCCCCUGAUAUAACGCGCCGGCCGGGCCGACCUGUAUGGGUAGAAGCUAAAAUCAGCCAGGAAAAGGAGCAGACAAUAUCCAAUCAACCAUCACCACCAUGCCAAAAACAAUCAGUGUACGUGUGACCACCAUGGAUGCUGAGCUGGAAUUUGCCAUCCAGCCCAACACCACAGGGAAGCAGCUUUUUGACCAGGUCGUGAAGACCAUUGGUCUUCGAGAAGUCUGGUUCUUUGGUCUGCAAUAUCAAGACACAAAGGGGUUCUCUACAUGGCUAAAGCUCAACAAAAAGGUGACUGCCCAAGAUGUGCGGAAGGACAGCCCAUUGCUCUUUAAAUUCCGUGCCAAAUUCUACCCAGAGGAUGUGUCUGAAGAACUGAUCCAAGACAUCACCCAGAGGUUGUUCUUUCUCCAAGUGAAGGAGGGCAUCCUUAAUGACGACAUCUACUGUCCUCCUGAGACGGCCGUGCUUCUGGCUUCAUAUGCUGUGCAGGCCAAGUACGGAGACUACAACAAAGAUGUGCAAAAACCAGGUUACCUGGCAGGCGACAAGCUCCUUCCUCAGAGGGUUCUGGAGCAGCACAAAUUGAGCAAGGACCAAUGGGAGGAACGAAUCCAUGUUUGGCAUGAAGAACACAGGGGAAUGCUAAGAGAAGAUUCUAUUUUGGAAUACCUGAAAAUAGCUCAGGAUUUGGAAAUGUAUGGAGUCAACUACUUCAGCAUCAAAAACAAAAAAGGAUCCGAGCUUUGGCUUGGAGUGGAUGCUCUUGGAUUGAACAUUUAUGAGCAAAAUGACAGGUUGACACCAAAGAUUGGCUUCCCAUGGAGUGAGAUUCGGAAUAUUUCAUUCAACGAUAAGAAAUUUGUUAUUAAACCUAUUGACAAGAAAGCUCCGGACUUCGUGUUUUAUGCACCACGAUUAAGGAUCAACAAACGUAUCCUGGCCCUGUGCAUGGGAAACCAUGAGCUGUACAUGCGACGCCGUAAACCAGACACAAUUGAAGUACAGCAAAUGAAGGCUCAGGCUCGAGAAGAGAAACAUCAGAAGCAGAUGGAGAGAGCUCUAUUGGAGAAUGAGAAGAAAAAGAGAGAGCUGGCAGAGAAGGAAAAGGAGAAGAUUGAGCGUGAGAAGGAGGAACUGAUGGAGAGACUGAAACAAAUUGAAGACCAGACUAGAAAAGCACAGGAAGAGUUGGAGGAGCAGACACGGAAGGCACUGGAGCUUGAGGAUGAAAGGAGAAGGGCCCAGGAAGAGGCAGAGAAACUUGCCAGGGAACGUCUGGCUGCAGAGGAGGCUAAGGAAGCCCUACUGAAGCAAUCACAGGACCAAAUUAAGAAUCAGGAACAGCUGGCUGCAGAGUUGGCAGAAUUGACCUCUACUAUUGGUCACCUGGAGCUUGCCAGACAGAAGAAAGAAAGUGAAGCUAAAGAAUGGCAAGAUAAAGCCCACACGGUGCAGGCUGAUCUGGAGAAGACCAAAGAGGAGUUGAAGCUUGUGAUGACCACACCACACGUACAGGAGCCCGUUCAUGCUGAGAACGAACAGGAUGACGAACAAGAUGAGAACAAUGCAGAAGCCAGUGCAGAGCUGAGUUCAGAAGCCACAAUAAAAGACCGAAGUGAGGAGGAUCGCACCACGGAGGCAGAGAAAAAUGAACGGGUUCAGAAGCAUCUACAGCUAUUGAGCUGUGAACUGGCAAAUGCUAGGGAUGAGACUAAGAAGACGGCAAACGAUCUUCUCCACGCACAAAAUGUGCUUGCAGGAAGAGACAAAUAUAAGACCCUUCGCCAGAUCCGUCAAGGCAACACCAAGCAGCGUAUAGAUGAAUUUGAGUCCAUGUAACGCCUCUAUAUCAUUGUCCAUUGUAUACAUUCUUGUCCUUCCUUUCAAUGGCUUAGCUGCAACCACCACUAUGCAGUCAGGCUUUGAUUACAGUACAAUCACAGGCCUUAGAAUCCUUCUCUUGUGCAGGAAGGGUUAAACUCAAUCUAUUUCAACCAGACUGUUACAAGCCUUAUAAGCUGUGGCCUUUUCCUAAAACUGUAUAAUAAUUGCAUGCCCUCCCCCCCAUAUCUUCCCAAUUAAUCACUUUUUUUUUUUUUUUUUUUUUUGGUAAGCAAAGUGGACAUCAAGAAAGUAUCGAAGCUGCCUUUUAUAUUUUCAGCUCAUUCUAUAAUUUUAUUGCACUAUAUCAUGCUGUUCUAACAUGGUUUGUAUGCUCUUUUUGGUAACUUGUAUCAUGUAGCCUCUCAAAUUUUAAUUUUGAAAUCUGGAAUGUGCUAAAGACAUCUACUGCUAUGAUGGAUACACUUCUAGGUUUGGCCCAUAUCUAUUUAAGUUAAAAUAUAAAAUGUUACAUAUUCCUCAUAUUAUAUGAUUUAAUGUGGCUGUAUGAUGAUUCCAGUAAAUUUGUAAUCUUUGCAGGGCAACCUUUGGAAACCAUCAAAUUGUUUAACCCUUUACUUCAAGAGAUUAUUAGGGUUUUGCCUUGGUGGUUGUAGUUCUUUGACAGCACCUCCCUUUACCAGUAUUAUAUAUUCCUGUGUUAUCUAAUAUGAUUUUGUUAGUAUUUCUGGGUUCCCUUUAGUUAUUGAGAGGUUUUUUGUUUGUUUUAUAACUAUGCACAUUCUAGUAAACCAUAGAGAGGAAGUGGAAGAUUGUAUUCUGGAAAUUUAAAAAUCAAAACUGUAUACUGUAUUAUAAAGAGGUUAUUUUGGAAGAAAUUCAAUGUUUAAAGAAUUUUCAGUAUUAAAGUCAAAUAUUUCUAGAUUUUUUUUUCUUUGACAUAUUUGUUAACCCUGUUAUUCCUGGCUUUGAUUUUCCAGGCAAAAGUGUUAAUAUUUUUUUUUUUCUUUUUAAGUCUAUUGCUGUAAAUUAUAUAAAUGGGGUUUAACAGCAGAUCGGGACAGUGUUCUGGAUUAUUUACCAACUAAUCCAGGGGAGCUUCCCAGUUAGUCUAUUUUAUGUCUAUUUUUCCCCUCCCUCUUUUGUUGUGAACUGAAUAAGUGCUGUUAUUUCAGUGCCAAUAAAAUGUUAAAGACUUUGAAUCUAA